AUGGCCAGCCACCUCGAGUCGGUGGCGCGCACGCACCUGUGGACGGAGCGGCGCAUCGUGUCCAUCUGCCUGGUCAUCGCGCUGGGGCAGUUCCAGUACGGGUACGACGGGGCAGCGAUUGCGGGGUUCCAGAGCAUGCCGGGGUUCCUGGCCGUGUUCGGGUACGCAGACCCGAAAAACCCGAUCGGGUACAACAUCAGCACCGACGUGCAGCGGCUGAUCCAGUCGCUGAUGAACGUGGGCGGCUUCGUGGCGUCGGUGGCCAUCUACAGCUUCGGGUCGCGCCUGUCGCGCCGUGUCGGCCUGUGGCUGGGCUGCUUCUUCGGCGCCCUCUCCGUGUCCGUCAUGAUCGGCGUCACCACGCUCGGCGGCCUGUACGCGGGGCGCCUGCUGCUGGGCAUGUCCAACGGCUUCUUCGUGCCCUACAGCAUCAUGUACAUGUCUGAGUCGGCACCCGCCCUGCUGCGCGGGUCCGUCGUCGGCAUGAUCACCUUCCAGACCUCGCUGGGCGCCCUGUUCGGCAUCCUCGUCGACAACUACACCGUCGGCCGCGGCGGCAACGCCUCGUGGCAGAUUCCGCUGGGCGUCAUGUACGCCGUGCCCGUGGUGCUCGGCACCUUCCUCUUCUUCGUCCCCGACACCCCGCGCUACUACGUCACGCGCGGCGAGGAUGAGAAGGCGCUGUGGGCCAUCCGCCGCCUGCGCGGCAUCGAGGACGACGCGCUGCUGCGCGCCGAGGUCGACGACAUUCGCGCCACGUACCUGCUCGAGAAGGAGCUGCACGCCGGCGUGCACCUGCGCGACAUGUUCCGCGGCACCGACCUGCGCCGCACCAUGCUCUCGUACGGUGCCACGCUCGGCGGCACCGCCACCGGCGUCAGCUUCAUGGCUGGCUUUUCCGUGUACCUGUUCGUGCAGGCCCGCGUCGGCUCCGCCUUUGUGUGGGUCAUGAUUUCGCUGGCCAUUGCUCUGUCGGGCAACAUGUUAGCGUUCCCGGCCAUGCGCUGGUUCGGCCGCCGCGAGCUGCUCGUCGCUUCGUCCGUUGUGUCGUCGGCCAUGUGGUUCGGGAUGGCGAUCGGAUACAGCGUGGCGCCGGGGUCGCCGGCCGCGGCCAAGGCGCUGGUGGCGCUGAGCAUCGUAUUCACAUGGGUGUACGGCGUCGGGCAGGGCCCUGUCAUGUGGGCGCUCUCGGUCGAGAUCCCGUCGCAGCGGCUGCGGUCGCAGACGGUCGGCACGGCCACAGGCAUCAACUUUAUUGUCGGCUGGAUGGUCGCCUUCUUCUCGCCCUACUUCAUCAACCCGGACAAGCUCAACUGGGGGCCUAGGUACGGGUACAUCUGGGGCGCCAGCAACCUGGUGCUGGCCCUCUGGGCGUUUCUGUGCGUGCCUGAGACCAAGGGCCGCAGUCUGGAGCAGCUCGACGAGCUGUUCGAGAAACAGGUCAGCGCGAGGCAGUUUUCGUCUUUUGCCGUGGAGCGGAGGCUCGUCGAAGAGCUGAACGUCGGGGGGGCAUUUCGGGAAGGGGAGGACGUGAAGAGUGCUGCUGUGCAGGUGGAUGAUCCUGAAAAACAGGGACAUGGAGAGGCUAGCUAG